AUGUUAAAUAAUUACAGGACUGCAUUCUUAAGAAAAUCUAAUGAGACUAUUCAAUUAUUUCGACUAUCAUCUAGUACUUUGGAAAAAUCUUCAAGCAAUGGAACUAAAAUUGAUAUACCUAAAUAUAUAAAUCGAAGUUCGACUGACAUACUAAAAGCAAUAUCGAGUACUAUUCAACGCGAUCCAACUGCAGCUCACUUUAAAUACCACGAUGACCCAUAUCUAAUUCCAGUUUCAAAUUUUCAAAAAAGAGCUUAUGCCUUAAGUCAAGAAUCUGGUAGAAAAGCAGCACAUUGGAUUCUCAAUCAACAUCCUGAAUUGUUUAAUCAUAAAGUAGCAUUUCCACCUAUUGAGAAAUUUUGCCCUAAAGUUGUAUAUGAUGAAAGUUAUGACUUAGAUGAGAAUGAAUUAAAAACAAUAAUCGAAAAAGGUAUUGUGUCAGAUGCUAUAGCUGUAUAUAACCUGUUAAAGAAAAAAGACAUAGAAAUAAGUUCAGAUACACAACAAUCACUUUUGGAGUUGGUAUGUUUUUACAAUAAUCAAGAUGAUCUAGAAGAAGACUGGAUUGAAGAACGUUGGUAUACUCAAGCUAAUAAAAACCGAGAAGAAUAUAGAAAUACUUGGAAAUCUAAUGGAUUUGCAAUGACUCUUUUUUCAACUAUUAAAUCUCCUAAUUCUCAUCAUUAUUCAAUAAUCAUACAAGGGAUGGCAAAAUAUAAUCAGUUUGAAGAAGCAUACAAUUUAUACAAAGAAGCCAAUGAAAAAGGAUUUAUUUUAUCUAUCAAUGCAUAUAAUUCAGCUAUAAAAACCGCUAUUUAUGUCAAAGAAGGAGCAGAUCAUAAGUGGCUCCAUAUACAAGAAAUAUUAACUCAAAUGCAUGAUUCAGGUGUACCUAUGAAUUUAUGGACUUUAAAUUCAAUUCUUAAUGUCUUAACUACUAUGACAACAAAUUCUGAAUCAAAAAAAUAUGCAUUAAAAACAAUUGCUGAAGCUAAACAAUUUGAUAUUGAACCAUGUUUAGCAUCAUACUAUUAUUUAUUACAGAUAUUUUGCUCAGACAGAAAAAACAAAAGUACUAUACUAGUUGAUAUUUUAAAUCUUAUCGAAGAAAAACCAUUAAGUAUUAAAGACUUGGCGGACACAAAUUUUUUUAUGGCUGCUAUGGAAAAUUGUCGGUACCAUUUACAAAAUGUUGAUGUUGCACUUAGAGUUCAUUCUGUUUUACUGAAGGCAAAAAAUUAUAAUUUAAUUGGAGAUUCAUAUAGAGAAUCAGUUUAUUAUCGGCAUUUUUUUGCAAUAUUAUGUCAAAAUGAAUCUGUUGAAUUUUUAAUGAAAUAUUACUAUGAUUUGGUCCCACACAUAUACAUACCUGAACCGGCAAUCACUGAGUUGAUUGUAAAAACUUUAAAUGUUGCUGCUGCAGUUGAACUAUACCCAAAAAUUUGGUCAGAUAUUUUAAUGUUUGAUCAAGCAGAUAGAGAACCUAUUAUAAUAGAGUUGAUUAACGGUAUGGCUCAAAAUUUGUUCCCGAGUUUUGAACAAUCUAUUAAAGAAAAAUUAAGUUUAUUAUCUGGUACAAUUUAUGAUGCUAUUGAAGAACGAAAAGAAACUGGUAAAAUAAAAAUGCCAUGGACCGGUACAAUGUUGGGAAAUUUGAUUAACAUCUGUUUGUUUGGAGAUAAUAUUAAUAAGGCUACUGAAAUUAUUGUAAAACUGCAUAAAAAUCAAAACGAAAUCAUUGGAAUUCCAGAUAGUCUUACAAUUGCUACAUUUUUAGACUAUUGCAUUGAAAACAACUAUUUCAAUGAAUUAUUAAAAUGCAUUGAAUACUCUUUAGAAGUCAACUAUCUUGAACUAGAUGAUUUCAUUUCAAAAAUUAUGACAAAAAUGACUUUGUCGCCAAUGCAGCGUGCACAUUUAUCAAAAUUGGUCGGAACUGAACAUUAUGUUGAAAUUGAAAAUAAAAUUGAAAAUGUUAGUAGUUAG